AGCGUAUAUCUGUUGUAACGACUGAGAGAGUGACUUACCUUGGACUGUACUCUGUGUGACCAGAUGUAGUGUUUAUUCCGUGUCUACUGACCCGUUCAGUCAACUUCACAGUGUUUACCAUGCGAAUUUAAACUGAAAUUUAACUUUAUUUAUAGAUGAGAUAUUUUUCAAAAGAUAAUUUUGAAAGAAAAAUAUUGGCCACUAUCUUCCAAUGAUUUAUACAGGAGGUGCCCCGGAGAGCAAUAUGGCUUAUAACCCGUUUUUUCUCCAAAGACCUACAGACUAUAGUUCAUUGUUGGCACAGCAACACUAUCUCUCUAACAUCGCCCUACACUCUCCCAACUAUGCAGCAUCCCUGCUACCUAAACUACAACAGAGUAUGGGGCGCGGCCCGCUCACCCCCGGGGAUAUAUUCCAUCCCCUCCACCCCCGCCAACUCCGAAGUCUGGAACCACCGGAGACAGAUGUCCAGGACGACCCCAAGGUGGAGCUAGAAGGCAAAGAUCUAUGGGAACAAUUCCACAAUAUCGGCACCGAGAUGGUCAUCACGAAGUCAGGAAGACGGAUGUUUCCUCCAUUUAAAGCUCGAGUGUCUGGAUUAGAUAAGCGAGCCAAAUAUAUUUUAUUAAUGGACAUUGUUCCUGUGGAUGACUGUCGUUACAAGUUCCACAACUCCCGCUGGAUGGUGGCGGGGAAAGCGGACCCGGAAAUGCCAAAACGGAUGUACAUCCACCCCGACUCGCCCAACACUGGCGAACAAUGGAUGCAGAAAGUCGUCUCCUUCCACAAACUCAAGCUCAGCAACAACAUCUCUGACAAACAUGGGUUUACCAUUCUUAAUUCCAUGCACAAGUACCAACCCCGUUUUCACUUGGUACGCGCCAACGACAUCCUCAAAUUGCCAUACUCCACGUUCCAGACCUUUGUCUUCAAGGAGACGGAAUUCAUAGCAGUUACUGCAUACCAGAACGAAAAGAUUACACAACUGAAGAUAAACCAUAACCCUUUCGCCAAAGGCUUCCGAGACACCGGCGGCGGCAAACGAGGAAAAAAAGUAAGAUCUUAACCGAGAAUAUAUUCUCAGUCGUCACAGCAACACUCGAUUUCACCAGACAAGGGGCGAGCUGAUGAUCUCCAUAGCGACGACGAGGACAACGAGGAGGCAGAGAUAUGUGUCGACGAGACCGAUGACGUCACACCUGAUGUCAGCUCUGCAAUGGAACUCAAGGAUAUUAUGGAAACAGAAAAAGAACGACAUGCUUUGAAGACCUCCUCUCCAAUCAGCCACCAUUCAAGUGACAAUGAGGAGCGGUCACCCCUCCCAACUCCUCGGGACGACGUGUUUCGGCCAGACGUAUCGUCCAGUCUAUCGCCUGUGUCAUCAAACCCCAAUCAAAAUCAUUCCGACGUGCUAAACAGUACCAUGAGGAGCAGCCUUGACGGUGGCGAAAGCAGCGACGACUCCAUUAGGGACGACCGCCGUCUAUCGCCAAAGUCUCCCCCUAUACCACACAAGUCAGAGUCGGACUCAACGAUACCUAAAACUCCCAGUCGGCCACCAAACGUGACAGUCGUUCAACCCUCCGCAACUCACGCAAUGUUCCCAUUUAUGUAUCCUUCCGCAGGACUAUUUUCAUCAUCGUCUUCAUUACCGUUUCCAUUAGGACAUAUGUUUUUCAACUCCAACGGUUCAUCACUACCGUUUGCAACUCAGUUACCGUUUUUCUCCUCAGGACAAGCAGACAUGAACAACCUCCCAACUAACCACCCACUGUCUCUCUCACUAAACGGACUCACGCCACCUCGUGGUCACAAUCUACUACAACCUGUGUUUUCCAGUGGGGGUUCAUCAUUACAAGGAAAUGGAAACCUAUCGCCCUCUGAAGGCCAUAGUCUUGGACCAAUUUUCCCCUCUCGUUCUAAUCCCCGUUUCACACCAUACUCACUACCGUCCACAAAGACUACAAUGGCAACGCCGACAUCACCAAUUUCAGCCACCGGACAUCCGCUCCGGGAUUCUACAGUCAGUCCAGGAACCGUGUCUCCGCGCAUGAACGGGAUGUCUAGUGCUACAUCAUCAAAUGUGAGAAGUCCCAUCUCUUUGAACAUUCCGUCUGCAUUUGACACGAACAAUCAUAGUAAUGAACUCAGGAAUAUGGAGCGUAUGCUCAGUGGACUGGAAAGGCAUCGUCUGUACGGACUGGCUUCAUCAGAAAAAUGACAAAUACCGACAAGGGGGCCUACCUGGCGUCCCUUCGAGUAGCCUCGGGUAUCUACCGCCUGUGUCGAUCACAAACUCUGAAUAAGAAUCUGCAGCAUCGUUGUUCUUCGUGAAGUGAUUGACAUCAGAUGAGGCGGAGUAUCGUAAUGUUGUUGAUAAGACUCGGCUAGUCUGAGGAGGACGUUACGUCCAAGUGCUUGUUUUAACCGAUUUCAUUGUGAAACAUCGCUGUCACGCCGCGAUGUAAAACUGUCGAAUCAUGAUAAUGUAUACUUUUAUAAGUGUCUGUGAUACGUGCCCUGUAGAGGGCGCUAUAGAACUAAGUCAUAUACUGUUUGUUGUCACGGUAACACUUUAGACGGUUUCUGUUGAUAUUGUCAGUGAAGUGUGUUGUUGAUGACGUCACGUUGUGUGUGUAUUUAUAAGGACGGUCGGACAGACACAGUGGAAUGCUCGUGUUGUGUAUACAGGGCCAUGUGCAAUAUUGCGUUCCUCGUGUAUUGAGUUAAAUAAAACAUGUAUUUAAAUCU